CAAAAUAUUUGUGAAUUAACAAAACAGCUGAUGAAUUGAUUUUCUUGGGUGAACGUAAAUUUCAUAUAAUUUCGAUUAAUUUAACCGGCAUAUAGAUUUCUUUGCAUAAGUGAAAUACAAUUGAAAAUGGGCGGCUGGCGACUGGAAGUAUUCAAGAUGACACUUUAUAUGGCCUUCCCCGUUGCAAUGUUCCACAUUUUCAACCAGCCGACUUACUUUGAAGAAUGGGUAACGAAGACGAAGCGUGAACUAUACCCGCCUGAGAGUUUGGGUCAUCGCGAAGAAAUACAAAAGGCGAUAAGGGAGGUGCAACAAAAACGGGAUAAGGAAAUGUUAAAGGCAUUGGAAGAUAUAGAGAAGCGUGAAAAAUCAUAGAUAAUUGGAAAGCGUAACGUCACAGGCUUUGUGUUAAUGCUACAUUAUAAUAUUAUAUAAGGUUAUUUCUUGUUGACUGCAUUGUUUACUCUUAAAAAC